AUGGAGUAUUUACUAAUUAGCAGCAGAAAUGUGUCACGAAGUAGUACAGAAAGUAGCUAUGUAAAAACUUAUCCUUCAACUACGGACAACCCCGAACAAACAAAUAAUAAUUUAAACAAAGUCGAAUUAUUGGUAAAUAUUCCUGAUGAACAGGAUGUAGUUAUUAUUGCACACAUUAAUGAAUCGAAAAAGGGCCAAAAUGACAACUGUUGUUCUAUCGUAUCUGAUGUAAUCGAACGUAUCCCUUUCUACUCAUUUAUUCUCAGAAAAUCGCCAUAUUUUUCAAAAAAGCUACAAACAUUACUAAGAAGCAAUAAUGAAGAUUUUACCAAGGGCAACAUUACAUCUAAAACCCCCAUUCCUAUCAACAUACAUGUACCAUCACUUGAUUCUUUAUAUGCAGUAUUAAAUUAUUUAUACAAUGGAAAAUUCAAUGCCGUCAAUAUAGAACCGAUUAUUCAGGUGGAAAUAUACAUUCUAACUAUGAUAUUGUAUCUUGAUGAUCUUAGAUAUAAGGUUAUCAAACGACUGAAUUCACCAGUAUCAUGUGAUCAUUUGGUUAAAUUAGCUUUGGCAGCUGAACAAUACAACGAUGAUCCACUGCUCGAUGAUUGUAUUUCUCUUAUUUCAAAUUUUGGUUAUAAAGUGUUUCUUGACAAAUUGUAUUUGAAUUUGGGAAUUAAAGGUUUUAGAAAAUUGAUUUGCAGCGAUAAUUUGCAAAUGGACGAGCUGCAAAUUUACGCAUUCACUGUGUUGUACAUGAAAUCGCAUGAUUUCCUAAACAAUCCAUAUGACCAAUCUGUAACUAAAUUUUCUGAUAUGGAAAUGGAUAUCAUUAAAUGCAUUCGAUAUUGUGCUAUGUCGCAUGAUAUUAUAUCGAAAAUUAGAUCGCCAUCAUUGGAUAAGCUUCUGCUCGAUGCUAUAAUUAGAUUAUCAACUAAUACCACCUUUCCACUGAGAGUAACAGCAUGGAAGGAAAAUAAAUAUUUUAGAUGUGUUUGUCACACCGGUAAAUAUCCAACUGUGCUUAUUAAGUUGGCCCCCAAACAAUAUGCCUCAAUAAUUCAAAAUGAUGUUAAAAUACCUCCUUACCACUUCUCUUCCCAUUCAUCAUACAAUAGCAAUAUUAUGCUACCUCCAAUUUAUCUCCAAGAUGAUAAUCAGUAUACUUCCUCAAAUAUAAGUAUUGAAAAACCUUAUUAUACCUUUACCAUAGGUUCAUAUCGUGUAGUAUCUGAAUGUUCAUGGGUUUUUGAAAUAUGCCGAUCGAGGGACGGCAAUUUACACAUUGGAUUCAUAUUUCAACACAACGAAUCAUCUUUGUACCGCAAUAAGCCUACAAAUGAUCCAUUUAUUAAUGAUAAUGUAAUAUAUUAUGACACAGCCAAUUUUAGCUUUAAUUCAGCGCUAGUGGAUAUGGAAAAGUGCAAAAUAUUAAAAAAUCACGUCCAUUUGACGGGUAAAUUUAAACCUUUGCAAAAUAAUAAAUUGUGUCAAGGUGACAGAAUCUAUAUUGACGUUAAGUGUCUAAGUCACUGCCUUAAUAUGACGAUAAACAUAAAUGAAAAUGCAUCGGAAUCAUUUUCAUAUCCUUACAAAACAAUGUACACUAGUGGAAACGUCAUUAAACGACCUGUAAUUAACGUGGCCCCUUACAUUGCUAUGCUUGAUUAUGGCGAUGCAAUUUGUAUUCCAGAAGUUAAAUAA